UUUAAUUCAAACCAUUCUCCAUGGAGUGUCAGCUUCCCUCUCUCCCUCUCCUCUUCUUCCCAUUCCCGGUCCUCAGAUGCAAGUAAGACGGGUGCUCAGCAGUUCCCUGUCAGCCUAAAACCGCUUUCAUUUGACCUUAUCUUCACUGACUCCACUGGAAAAAAGAGGGGAUAAUCGCAGCAGCUAUUUGUGGCGCAGUCACCUGACUACCAGAGUCUCUGUAAUCAUUCACCAGAUGUCACUGAGUGAGUAACCAAUUCUACUGUGUCUGCCACAUGAGGACUGAGAAGCAGCCAGGGAGGCGUGACACGCAAGGUACAACUACCCCCCAUUUGAAGAAGACUGACCAGACUAAAUCACCUCUUAAAACCCAUAUUCCCAUGCAAGGCACUUUUUAACAAUCAACAAAAUAUAUAUAACAGCUGCUCUCACCAUCCGCAGUACACAAAUACAUUGACGGCAGUGAGGAAUCAGGGCUUUACAUAAAUGGCUGACAAGCAAAUCAGUUUGCCUGCCAAAUUGAUCAAUGGGGGGAUCGCCGGCCUAAUUGGAGUCACUUGUGUGUUUCCUAUUGACCUGGCCAAGACUCGCCUGCAAAACCAGCAAAAUGGAACUCGCCUUUACACUAGCAUGUCAGACUGCCUUAUUAAGACCAUCCGGUCAGAAGGGUAUUUUGGGAUGUACAGAGGAGCGGCGGUUAACCUCACACUAGUGACGCCAGAGAAAGCCAUCAAAUUGGCAGCCAAUGACUUCUUCAGGCAUCGCCUCUCCAAGGAUGGAAAACUCACUUUGUUGAAAGAGAUGCUGGCUGGGUGCGGUGCGGGUACAUGCCAGGUUAUUGUCACCACGCCUAUGGAGAUGUUGAAAAUUCAGCUCCAAGACGCUGGACGUAUUGCGGCUCAGAGGAAGCUGAUGCCAGAGACGGUGGCUGCAAGCACAGUGGAAACCAAGUCGCCAACAGCCAUACAGCUCACCAGACAAUUACUGAGUGAAAAGGGAAUCGCUGGAUUAUAUAAGGGCCUAGGUGCCACAUUGCUCAGGGAUGUUCCAUUCUCUAUCAUAUACUUCCCUCUUUUUGCUAACCUGAAUAACAUGGGGAAGCGAGGCGCAGAAGGACCCGCUCCUUUCUACGUGUCCUUCCUAUCAGGCUGCUUAGCGGGCAGCACGGCAGCAGUCGCAGUCAAUCCAGUUGAUGUGAUAAAGACAAGACUUCAGUCUCUGACCCGGGGUAGCACCGAGGACACGUACAGUGGCGUGACCGACUGUAUCAGGAAAAUCAUGCGUAACGAGGGUCCAACCGCUUUCCUGAAGGGGGCAUACUGUCGAGCGUUGGUCAUUGCACCUCUCUUUGGCAUCGCCCAGGUGGUCUACUUUCUCGGCGUGGGCGAGUUUCUCCUCAGCUUCUUGCCUAAAAAAGACAACUAAGGAACCGCAUUCUCUCUAAAGCCUCCCGCCCAGAUCGCAUCACACACCCCCACUUACGUGAGGAUUCAUCUCAUUCUUACAGAACUUUACGUUCGUAUUUUUAAUGCUCACAUGCUACAUUUUGUUUCAAAUUUGUUGUCUUGAAUGUCUGAAUCAUGCAGGAGGGAGCCUUCGUUUUGCUGCCAAGCUGCCUGUGUCGGCGCAUGUCGAUUCGAUAUGAAGCCGCAAAUGUCAGGUUAGGUUUUGAAGAAGUAUGGCUUUAUAAUUACAACAUAUGAUAUUUUAUAUAACGAUUGUCAAAAUUUCAAGGUCGACGAAUGGCCCUUGGUUGCUGCAGUCUUACGUGCUCCAUUUCCAAACACACACAGACUAGUGAUGCAUUCAAAAUAGGAUUAUGAAAAUAUCUAAAUUAAAAGCACACAUAACUUACUUAGAUAUUUGAUAGAUUCUUACUUAAAAUUAUAUUUAGUUUAUUGCCCAAACUUCACUGCUCCAAAAGUACAGGGAACACUUGCCAUAAAGUGGUAAAACAUGACAUUGCAUUUCAUACUAGUGUGUAUGGCUUCUGUGGGCCUGUAUGAACAAGGGGUGUCCCGAUCCGAUAUUGAUAUCAGAUAUCAUCCGAUAUCAGCAAAAAAAACCCAAGUGUCGUAUUAUAUCAGUUUGCAUCUAAGAUCUUUGUACUUUGAUACCAGCAGUCCAGCUAUGUGUUUCCUUGCGUUAGGUCAGUCUUUUCUUGUAUUCUAGUGAAGUUAUAUACUAAAGGUAAACAUGGUAGGCUUAAGGCUACCUGGAGCUAGAAGCUACACAACAACGUACCAAACAAUUGCUCACAAGCUAGACAUAUGUAAUAAAUGUCCUUAAUUGAAAAAUAUUGCAGUCUAAAACACAUUUAAAUUCAAACAAGUAUAAAUAAUUAUAGUUAUAUAUUACUUACACAUACAAAGCAGAGAAUAUUAGGAAGUAUUCAGUAAAAAAAAAGUGUCCGCAUCAUUCAAUUUACUGUGUCAUGACUCUUGAGCUUAACUAAAUGAAUUAUCGUGGCCACUAUGUGUCCCAAAAAAUAAUUACGACUCCACUUCAACCUAAAGACGCAUAAGUCCAUUCCAGACAAUUAAUAAUACAUAGGUUUGUGUUUUUCAUACCUACUAUUGUUUUCUGUUUGUCAAAUUGUACUUGAUCAAGCCUUUUCUAACAUUCCACACUAUAGAAUAAUUAAAUUACUGUAUGUGAGUCAUGCUCUUGUUUUGGAUCAAUAUCGGUAUUGGGCAAUACUUAAGGCUGCAACAUCUGCAGUAUGGUAACCGUCAGUGAAAAAAUUGUAUCGAGACACCCCUAGUAUUAACACGCACGCACACACAAAGUCUGUUCGAGGUCAGUUUAUAGUGCUUUAGUAGUGAGUGCUUCUCUUGUUCCUUCUUGCAUGAAUGAGCAUGUAGCGGCCGUCCUGCUCCCCUCCUAUAAGCCCUCUUGACAUACUAUCUACAGUAUAGAACACUCUUGAAACACUGUGCUGGGAGACCCUCCUAAAUCUUUUAGCCACAGUGUAUAUGAAGGAUCUGCACUACCCGUAUGUUCCUUUUACGUUUUGAGCAGUGUAGUUAGAAACAGGAAAAAUCUAUGUCGGAGCAAACCCAGAGAAAGUGUUUAUUUGAUACCAGCACACCUGCUUCGACCUAAGAAGCCACACCCCUUCAGCCACAAGAUAACUUGCAUUGCCUCAGCUUUUUUAUAAGUAGAUCAGCUUCCACAGUGACUCUAUUGUUCACCUUCUCUCAAAGAUCUCUCUGUUCUGGUGUGCAUUCAAACAUUAGACAUACCAUGAAACACUGCUUUAACAAUCAGGCAUAUUUAUGGCCAGUACCAAAUUGGUGAUGAAAUUGAUUUUUAUUUGACUCACAAUUACACCGAGUCAAUCAAAUGAUCAAUGCUUUAAAAUGUUGGUGGUUCACAGAGCAAUGAAAUAUCUUUGGACUAUAUGCAAGAUUAGAAAUAACUUUGAGUAGUCAGUGUGCAGCUUAAAAUUCAUUGUAGAUUUACUACUAUUGGAAAAUAAGUCAACUCUAGGCUAGGAUAGGACUUUAUUGUCAUUGCUCAAGUACAACAAAACUAGGUUUUCAGCAGGAUGUGAUGGGCGAUCCGGCCUAAAAUCUAUUGCAGCUUCCUGGGAUAACAAUUUGUAUAAAGAAAACCUUUUUGGAAUAUAAAUGAUAAUAGAAUAUAGGAACGGCGUGGCGCAGUGGGAGAGUGGCCGUGCGCAACCCGAGGGUCCCUGGUUCAAUCUCCACUUAGUACCAACCUCGUCAUGUCCGUUGUGUCCUGAGCAAGACACUUCACCCUUGUUCCUGAUGGGUGCUGGUUAGCGCCUUGCAUGGCAGCUCCCUCCAUCAGUGUGUGAAUGUGUGUGUGAAUGGGUAAAUGUGGAAGUAGUGUCAAAGCGCUUUGAGUACCUUGAAGGUAGAAAAGCACUAUACAAGUACAACCCAUUUAUCAUUUAUCAUUUAGAACCAUUUCAAAAUGGGUUACAAGGGCUGCUAAUUUGGCUGCUGACGUAUACAGUGACGUAUUGUUUUUUCGGUUAUUAUUAUUUUUUCAAAACAAUUUUUUAUCUACUUGUUAAUGUAAUAGCGGGUUACUUUCUGUUGGAAAAUGGUUCUAGCUUUGUUAAAAUGUAAUAAGCUCCUUUUGUUCUGUUGUUUUGAUACUUUACAUUAAUUUGAUUUGGGCAAUGCCACACAUUUGGCAAUCCAUCCAAUACCAAAUAGUUACAGGGGCUGUAUUGGUUAUACCAAUGCUGAUAAUGAAACUUCACAUUUUCAAUUGAAAUAUUACAUUUUCAAGAUCAUUGAAUAAUAAAAAUGUUUAAAUCUUUGAAUGAUUAAACUUUUGAUCACAAUUAUAGUCACACAAAAACACAGGAUGGCAAUGUAACAAUAACAAGUAAAUAUUUCGAUUAUUUAUUAACGUUGGCUCUAAUUUAAAUCCUAAGCUUUUUGCCCUUAAAGCCCUUCUGUUUUCAAAGACAUACUUCCUGAUAUAAUACCAAAAACAAGAAAAUAUUUUUUGAUGAGAAAAAAAUAUCGAUCUUACCCCUGUAGUGUCGCCCAUAUACUGAUACUUUACUUGGUGCCAUUACGGUCGGUAUUUUACAUUCAAGAGCUCUAGCUUGCAGUUAGCGGUAAGCAUAUGUGCCCACGGCAUGUACUGUAGCAUGUUUAGCUGUUCCUUGUUAUCCAGUGAUAAUGAUACUUGUAAGAAACAGUUUGCCGCCAUAGAGGUGAGGAUUGCUGUUUAGAAGCGGCUUCGGACUAUGAAGGACAUUAGCCAUUAGCUUUGAUGCUACAUUGCAUUGAGGAUGCCUUUAUCUCCUUGUUGCUGUCAAAUUUGCAGACAGACAUAAAAUGUGUCAACAACAUGUUUUAUCACGCUAUAACGAUCGUUGGACAAUAUGUAUACCAUUUAUAGCAGAUAUUGUUUGUAGUGAAUAUGUCCAAAUUGGGUUCCAACUCCUAGUGUCAAUAUUUAGCAUGAGCACCAUUGUUAUCUAGCACUGCCUUAAUCCUAUUGGGCAUAGAAUUAUCCAGCAAUUCUCCUCCAUGAUGAGGACAUCACUGGUGGAUGUUUAGCAGCCUUGUUAGUAACUUUGCGCUCCUCCAGAUCCCGCUUUAGGAAGCGCCAUGUGUGCUCAUUUGGGUACAGGUGUGGAGACAUACAUCACCUUCACCUUUCAUCUUGGAGGUGUGUACCUGAGGUUCUAGAUGUAGCCCAAUGAGUACAUAAUAGUAUAUGACGUACAUUAUGAUGUAAUAGGAUAAAAUUAGCUGCGAUGAGGUGGCGACUUGUCCAGAGUGUACCCCUCCCGGGAUAGGCUCCAGCCCCCCCGCCACCUCAAGAGGGACAAGUGGUAGAAAUGGAUGGAUGGAUUGAUAUGAUUGGAGUAGGUUAUAAAUAACACAGAUUAAUAGGAAUAGAUUAUAAUACAGUAUAAUAAAAUACAAUAAAUUUGGAACUAGUUUGUGUUGCAAGAUAUUUAGAAAAAUAAUGGCUGUGUGUUGACUAAUUUUCAGUGGAUAGUAAGCCCAUACUGCUAUGUAAGCCCUACACCAGGAAUAUUCAAAUAAAUAAGCCACAUUUCCAGAAAGAUAAGGACUGGAGGGCUAUUAGUCUUAUUUUGUAUAUUCUGGUGAACCAACGUCCUCUACAAUAGACAAUUGAUUUUUGUCUAUUUAAUUUGUCAGAGUCACAGGAGCGCUCUGCUGCUUUUAAGAACCUUGUCCUAAAAUGUGAGUCUUUCACAAGUUUUUUUAUUGUUAACUUAACUCUAGGGCCACCAGUUGAAUAGUUGAAAAGAUGAAAACGAGAGCACCCAAAAUGGAAACCUUGAGUAACACUACUAGCCUCGUUACAUAAAUUGAUUGAUUGAAAUAUUUAUUUCAAACCUGCACAGUACAACAAAACACUUUUUUUUCCCAUUUAUAAAGCUCAUUAUGAACGAGAUUGGAAACUGAAAAUGAAAAUGGGAAACUGACAAAAACACAUUGAAUAGUGGAAAUAUCUAAAUUAAAAGCACACAUAACUUACUUAAAUAUUUUAUAGAUUCUUAUCAAAAAGCUAUUUAGGAUAUUGCCCAAACUUCAUGUCUUAUACACUGCUCCAAAAGUCGAGGGACCACUUUCCAUAAAGUGGUAAAAUAUAACAUUACAUUUCCUUAAGACAGUUCAUACUAGUGUGUGUGGCCUGGGCAAAUGGUAAUUGGUAAAUGGAUUAUACUUGUAUAGCGCUUUUCUACCUUUUUAAGGUACUCAAAGUGCUUUGACACUAUUUCCACAUUCACCCAUUCACACACACGUGUGUGCCUGUAUGAACUAGGGGUGUCCAAAUCAGAUAUUGAUAUUGGAUAUCGGUCCAUUAUCAGCAAAAACUCAGAUUGUAUCGGCUUGCGUCUAAAAUUUUAGGCAUAAGCGCUCCAAUACCAGCAGUCCUGCAACAUGUUUCAUUGAGUUUUUUGAUUGAUUGAUUGAAACUUUUAUUAGUAGAUUGCACAGUUCAGUACAUAUUCCGUACAAUUGACCACUAAAUGGUAACACCCGAAUAAGUUUUUCAACUUGUUUAAGUCGGGGUCCACGUUAAUCAAUUCAUAGGUUGGUCUUGUCUUGUAUUUUAGUGAAGGUCUUUACAAAAGGUAAACAUGGUAGCCUGCAGGCUACUCGGCGCUAGCAGCUACACAAUAGCUAAGCACAUAAGCGACACACAAUGUGCUUGGAGUGGACCAAGUUCCUCAAUAAAACCGGAGCACUCUGGUGUUUUUAGGAAUUAGCUGAAAAAUGUUUUUUUCCAAAGUUUUAAACUGAACUUGGGGGCCAACAUGGUUUCAUUACCGAUUUGGCCAGAGGGCCAACAGUUGAAAAGCCUUGCUCUACACUGACUACUCCAAAGUAAAUCUAUGAAUUAUUUUCAUUUAGUGAUGUCCUUUGAGUAAAUAUAUCAUCAUAAACAUAGCUAUUGAGAGAUACUGUAGUUUUAAAAUAAUCAUGCUAGUAGAUGGUCCACUGCAGUUGCUUUUAUGGUGGAUAGCAGUUUUUACACUAUUGUUUACAGUACGGAUCAGUCAAUUAUCAAACAUAUCCGUUGCAACUUGAAUUCACUGGCAGGGCCCAAAGAGCUAACGGGAAAACUGUCAUCAUAAAACCCCAAAUCAAACCACUUAUUUGUUCAGUUCACUUGUUUGCUUGAAGCUGCAGGGAAAGCAGCAGCGUUUAUACAUCAUAUCUCACGUACGCAUCACACUUCCAAAGCCCUGCCAUUGGUUUAUCUAACCGGAGAUCAAGGUGACUUUGACGUCUUUUUUAUCAAAUCACAUUCCACUUUGUAGCUCCCACUUGUGGCACUGUUGGCGUUUAAUGCAACUUUUUAACGUGUACUCAUGUGUGGGAGUGAGAAGUGUUUAUUAAUCUAUGGGUGGUAUGAUAUUGUAUAUUUGUGUCUCUUGAAUCUGUUGUACACAUGCAAAUGGUAUAACGUCUAUGCUUUAUUGUUUGUUUUGUACAUGAUGGCUUAUUUGCACACCUACCUCCCCCAUCCCCUGUUAUUCAGUGUGGUGAUUUUACGUGAUGAUGCGGAUACAGCAGAUGAAGGGAUGCAACAAGCGUAAUUGGAGCUUGCUCAUGUGAAAAAGGGGACAUGCUCGAAGGUGCCAUUACCUCUUGGCCAGUGCUCAAGUCUGCGGGUCGGCCAGCGCUCCUGUUGUCACUUGUGGACCAAAUAAAGCAUCUUAUAAUGAUGGCGAUAUAAACAUAAUAAGCUCCGAGCCAAUAAUACUGAAAUGAAGUGUACCCCAGACAAGGCUAAUGAGGACCUGCUGACUUGAGACUGUAAAUGUAACUACCAUCAGUGAUGCUGCUUCCAUUAGGUAGACAUCAUGAUGGCGGCUGAAUCACAAGCAGUCCUAAAGUGAAAGCCAUAAAGUUUCCGACUGUAAUGACUUGAACAGCUGAGCCAUUUAAGCUCUUCACCAAGAAUCUCUCAACAUUCCAAAUGCCGUUUUCAUCUGCUGUUCCUGCGGUCUAUUUUGAUUGUGUUAUUGAUGAUCGUUUUAAAUCAUUUCCCUGCUUUAUUUAAAGCUUUUGACAAUAUUGUGCAAUUUCUUUUAGCUUUAAGCCCACUAUGAAUUAUCGCUGACUUUGUGUGUGUCCGCAUAUUAUAGUGCUGUAGCUGAUGUGUAGUUCUUUCUGUCUGUCACACUCCUGUGACAUCCCUCUUUCGAAUUUUUAAAUGUUUUUUAAUUUUUUUUAAAGAAGAGCACAAAGGAUGGUUAAGGCACAUGAGAUCACACAUGGGAUCAUAGUGAUAAUAAAAUCCAAUGUGAAAUGUAUUUAAUGUAUGUCCCUAUAACAUGCAAAGACCCAUGUAGUGGUGGUGUGCGCUGAGCAGUUACCCACAAAAUAUAUAUUGCCUACAUAUUCUAAAUGAAUCAGAUAUAUGAAUGUAAAAUAGAUAUUAUAAGAUGUAUUAUUUAGUGAAUAAUUUAUUACAUUAUGAUCAAAACAUUUAUGCUUUACACACACACGCACACACCAACCAGCUCACUGAUAUGCAAUAAGUAGAAACCGCACACACAAACAACAAAACAUGUCAAUGUCAGCAUCACAAUACUGUAUACACAAUGUGACCGGGGACCUUCAGAGCCUUUUUUGGGGGGUCUGAGUCCUCUUCACGACCUUUGCUUGCUUCCUCCAAGAGGAAUUGCGCAACACACAGCACUUUAUAUCAACCACAACCCCCAAUACGACUCUAACCAUACAGGGUGUUUAGAAUUCUGUGCAUUGAAUGACACACACACAAACACACACACAUACGUCCUAUGCAUUGUUUACGAUGCCAUGGUGAAAGAAAUAAAGUGUUUCAUGUCACAAUUUGCUGUUCAAUAAACUGACUGUCCCUAAA